ACUCAGCAGAUUCCCGGCGGCAUCUUCAACCACACGCAAGUCAUCAUUGGUGGCCAUAACCAAAUUGUGACCAUCAACAGGCAAUGGCGCGUGGCAAUCAUUGAGCACAAGAGCAUCAGCGGCUCCUGGAAAACCAUCUGGAACUACAACACGGGCGUCAUUGCAACCAGAGUCAGGCAGCAGAACGCCUGCUACAUUUCCAUCAUGAACAGAAGCCAGAUGCCCCGCUUUGAUAAUCUGGCGCGGCUGGCACAAGAGAGCAGGAACCUGAUCGGCCUGGCAAGACCCAGCAGGAGGAUCACCUUUGUCACCAACGGACUGGUCAACAACCUCAGCUCCUACGGCAUGGACAUCAUGGCCAUGUGCAGUGGAGUCAUCACCUACAGGGCUCAGGAGGUUCACGUUUUCCAAGGGCCCCAGGUGAAUCUGGGAUCCUGCAUCACCCUCGAUGUGCUGAGAGUUGUGGAGCUCAAGUACUGCAAUGGCAACG